AGCGAUCCCGAGCCACCUGUAGCAUCAAGAUCAAGACGUGACCUGCACGUGUAGAAGCAUUGCAGGCCUGAUCAAAUGGCCCUGCACGACUUAUACAGCCUGGAAGUAGGAGGUUCCUUACCCCUGAUGCAAGUGAUGCUAAGAAUGGGUGAAAAGAAAUUGGAAAUAUGUGUAGAUUCCCUGGACUCUGCAAUAGCAGCAAUGAAGGGUGGAGCAGACCGCAUUGAACUGUGCUCAGCACUCUCAGAGGGCGGACUUACACCUACCUUGGGACUUCUUCGAGCAGUGCAGAAGCACAACUCAAGACAUAUAGAAAUAUUUUGUAUGGUCCGUCCUCGUGGGGGGCCCAUGGUAUACUCUAAGGGGGAGGCACAAAUUAUUAUGGAUGAUGCAGCAUCCUUGAAGAAAGGAGGGGCUGAUGGACUUGUGUUUGGAGCAUUAAACAUAGCUGGAACAAUCCAUCAAGACCUAAGCAAACAGUUCAUACAGGUUGCAGAUGGUCUGCCAUGUACAUUCCAUAGAGCUUUUGAUCUUGUUCAGGAUCCUCUUGGUGAACUAGAAAAUCUAGUACAGCUAGGAUACCAGAGAAUUCUUACAAGUGGUGGUAAGCCAACAGCGCUGGAAGGUUGUGAUGUCUUGAAGAAACUAACAAAUGCAGCAGGUGGUCGAAUUACAAUCAUGGCUGGAGCUGGUGUGAAAUCUAGUAAUGUAGUUGACAUUAUUCAGAGAACUGGAGUUUCUGAGUGUCACGCUUCAGCUAAAAUUUGUAGGGUAUUUGAAUGCAAGAAUGCUGAGGAGGUUAGAAUGGGAACCAGCAAUGAUAAUGUUGUUUUUGUGACCAAUGAAGAGGAAGUACAUGCUAUAAAGUUAGCCAUAGGCAAGACUUAGGCCCUCAUUUGCAAGGCAAGUUUUUCAGUUAUAAUCUGACUAAUUUUUUCUAGUUUAGUGUUGACAACAGAAGAGCUUUCAUUCACGUCCAUCCAUGCAUCUCAGCCUUCUGUACUACUACUACUACAGUCUCUCUCUCUCUCUCUCUCUGGCAAUUUAGAUUUCCUAUGGAGAAAAAUGGUUUUGCUUAACAAGUGUUUUGCAUUACAAGUAAGAUUCUUGAAUGAAUUGUGAUUGUUAAGCAAGGUUUCAAUGUAUUUUAGAAACAUCUAAUCAAGUGUAAAACUACCAAUAUUGCAUUAUAUAUGUGAUGAUUGUACUUGCUAUGCUUAGGAUAUCAACUUCAUAGACCCUUUCAUAUAUGAGUCUGAACAAAGAAAACUAGAGAGAUGUGGAUCAUAUUUUUCUAUCUAAAAAAUAAACAUCUGUGAGUGUUUCAUAAUACUAUUUGUAAUAUAAAAUUAUGUAAAGCAAACAUGGAUGGAGGUUCUUGUGCAUGUAAAAUCUCAGCUGCUACCUUUAACAGCUGAAAAAUCUUUAUAGCUGUAAAUUAUUUAUUUACAUGAUUGAAUCAUCAUUGCCUGAAACCAUACUUAUUCAAGAUUUACAUUGUAUAUCAUGUCCAAACUAUCAUAGCAAUAAUCAGUAAACACAUUUUGUCAACCUAUAUGUGUGAGUUAAAUGAUGGGAGAUAUUCUUACUAUUGUUCAAGUAAAAUACUAGAAAGUGCACUUUCUUAGUUAAUUCUUUUUAUGGAGUUACAUAGGGUCUAAGUUCAUCAAGACACUUCUGACAUCUCUUGUGGAUAAAUCAUAGUGUAAGUCUUCUACAAAUUCUUCAUAAAGCUGAACUGAUUGACAACUCUAGGUUUCCAUGCACAAUGCCAAUGAUGGCUUUUCAGUCAUGCACAUAUCAAUGUGAAAUAAAAAGCUGCAUUUAGUCA